GAAAAAGUCACACUAAGAAGCCGCUAGUUCCUUUGACGGGGGUGCAUGCGAGGAUGGAAGGAUCGCGGCCAGACGACGAGAGUGCGAUCUUACUGCGCCAACUAGAAUCUAGGGACACUGGUCAACUGCAGGCCCUGCAUGAAGACUGGUUCCCGAUCCGAUACAACGAGUCAUUCUACCGCAAUGCUGGUCAAGGAAGGUGGGAAAACGGAGAGCCUCUCUUCACCCAAGUCGCGGUUUACAGGCCCAGCGACGACAUCGUUGGCGCGGUAACGGCUCAAAUCCAGCGAUGCGACGAUGCCGAAGACAAGUCCUUGAUCCAGACAAAGGACGGGACGCUCAUGUACAUCCUCACCCUUGGCGCAAGGCAGGAUUUUCGACGUAAGGGCAUAGCGUCCGUGCUGCUCAACACGUGCAUCCAUGAAGCCAAGGCGAAUCCUUCCUGUCGUGCACUGUACCUCCACGUGAAAGCGGACAAUGGCAAGGCCAUUCGGUUCUACGAGAAGAACGGGUUCCAGCGACUUCGGUUCUUGGAAGAGUAUUAUUUCAUCGAUGGCAAGAACCACCAUGCAUAUUUAUACAUCCUCUACGUCAACGGCGGCGCCCCCCCUAACAAGUGGUUCGAUCUCUUCGCCAGACCGCUGUCGCUCUUUGUCGACUUUUGGCACAAGCUGUUUGGAGAUGCACCCGACGAAAAGGCCGAGUCGAUUGUAUAGUACGACAAUUCCCGUGUAAUGCUAGGCACACAACAGUCGGCCACUCGCCAUUUUCUUUGUUAUCACUGCCCCGACACACUGAGCAGUUCCAUCAACCUAACGCUCGUCGGGUAAUUCUGGCAUGGCAAGACUUCACCA